CCGGGACAGCAACUCCUCUCGACGACGCCGUCCUGAGGAUUUUAGAAGAAUCCGGUAGAAGUACUCAACGCGCACGUAUGGACACCCUCCAACGUAAGGACCGAUGGUGGGCUCAGACGCGGCAAACGUUGACGUUCUAAAUGCAUACCACGAGGUGCAACAGAGUGAGAACGACUUUCCUCAUCGAGUUCGAGCGCUGAUCCAGUAUCGUCACCUGGUCGCUAAGCAUGCUCAUCUGAGCGCGGCUGUUGCUCCAGCGAUAGUACAACGCCCUGUUUUAUUUGCAGAAGAUAGAGAUACUAGUACUAGUACCUAUGUCGAUGAUUUCCGAGUCUCGACUAUUUGUGAACGUGCCUUGUUGAGUCUUGCCCAGACAGGUGGUUCAAGCUUGCGCGACCUGCUCCUCCUGUUUGGAUUCGAACCUGCGUCUGCGGGUGAAGCAGCGGACAUUCUGAGGAGGGAACUGCGUGAGUUUUCUGCUGGGAUAUACAACUCUGC